AUGCAGGCAGCCACCGUGGAGGAGGAGAGUCAAGUUGUGGAUGAAGUAGACAAUCUGAAGAAGGAUCCGAGAGACUUUGCACUGUGGAAAGCAGCAAAGACGCACAACGGACUGGUGUGGUCAUUGCCAUGGGGAGUGGGGAGACCCGGUUGGCAUAUCGAGUGCUCGGCAAUGACGCACCACGUGCUUGGGGAUAAGUUGGACGUGCACACGGGUGGAGUGGACUUGCAGUUUCCACACCACAAUAACGAGAUCGCGCAGUGUGAGGCGCAUAAUUGCGGCUGUGGACACGACGGAGAGUGGUGCAAACACUUUGUGCAUUUCGGACACUUGUACAUUCGUGGACGGAAGAUGUCGAAGUCGCUCAAGAACUUCAUUGGAAACAAAGAACUAACUCAGCUGGGUAUCCAGGUCGAGGACCUGGCACCGGGGCAGUCUGUGGUCAAGUUCCUCGCACUGGCUGAACGUGAGGCAGCUCUAGAGGAUAUCGAUUAG